AGUCCUUUGUGUUGAACAUACAGCCUAUUUUGUAGGUAUUACAGAGACCCAUUUCAUACAGAGUCUGUGUGUGCACAUUUAAAGUGCUGGCGAAAAACAUUUCGGGGCCUUUUGAGGAAAUCAUCAACAAUGUGGACCAUUGCUCUCGUUCUUUGUUUGGGAAAUAUUCUCAUCACAGGAGAGGCCAGUUAUCAGCAUUCAGAACCGUUCUCUGUAAUUGAACUCUCUGAAACCGCCUCCCCUGGUCUUUUAAUACUGGAUAAACAGAAAUCCAACAGCUCAAUUCCACCACCUCACGUAGCAGGACCGAAAACCCGACACCCUCCUAUGUGCUUGGAGUCAGCUGGAAUCAGAGACGCCUUCAAAUAUGUCCAUACUGUGGUGUCUGUUGUUGUUUUUGUUGUUGGAAUAGUGGGCAAUUCAGCCUUACUGAAAAUCAUAUAUGUAAACAAAUGCAUGAGAAGUGGACCAAACAUUCACAUUGCGAGUCUUGCGUUGGGGGAUCUAAUCCACAUUGUGAUAGACAUUCCAGUCAACGCAUACAGGCUCAUGGCAGAAGAUUGGCCAUUUGGCUUGGUGCUGUGCAAACUCGUCCCCUUCAUACAGAAAACCACAGUUGGAAUUACUGUGUUGAGCUUAUGUGCUUUAAGUGUUGACAGAUACCGAGCUGUAGUAUCCUGGAAUCGAAUCAAAGGCAUCGGGGUUCCAGUUUGGACAGCAAUCGAAAUAACUCUGAUUUGGGUUAUUUCUAUCCUGUUGGCUGUCCCUGAAGUUGUCGGCUUUGAUAUGAUAACAAUGGACUAUAAAGACAAGCAUCUGAGAAUUUGUCUGCUUCAUCCCAUGCAAACCACACCGUUCAUGCAGUUUUAUAAAUCAGUAAAGGACUGGUGGCUCUUUGGCUUCUACUUUUGCAUGCCACUGGCUUGGACUGCCGUCUUCUACACGCUCAUGACCAGGAAAAUGCUAAGGAAUACUGACAAUACAAUAAGUGACCACACCAAGCAGAGACGGGAAGUUGCGAAAACCGUCUUCUGCCUGGUGAUUGUGUUUGCACUUUGCUGGUUGCCUCUAUACCUAAUUAGAAUCUUGAAAUUAACCAUAUACGAUGAGACAGAUCCUAAUAGGUGUCAACUACUGAGUGUCUUUCUUGUCAUGGACUAUUUUGGCAUUAAUAUGGCAUCACUCAACUCGUGCAUCAACCCUAUUGCAUUGUACACAGUCAGCAAGAGAUUUAAAGGAUGUUUCAAGGCAUGUCUGUGCAGUCGGUGUCUACCUCUUCCAGCUGUUCCCCAUGACGAGGCACAGUCUGUUUUAAAGUCCAGAACGCAGGAUCAAGCCUCAUAGCAGAGCUGCAACUUCAAAGCUCACAAGCAGAC